UAUCUUGACACUAUUAUGAAUGAUAGGAGUUUCUAUGAUGCAUGCCCGUUGACCGUACAACAGCAGAUUUGGUUACGCAACAAUGAUUUGUUUGUUGAAGCUUUCAGCCCUCUGAUAGAAUCCUAUCUGAAACGAAAGCAGGACCUUCUUCUGUCAGUAGAACCGUCGAAUACCAACUUUUUCACCUUCGAAACAACCAAGGCACGCCGUCAGUGGAAGGAGAUCAAAGAUUUGGUACAGUCUUGUGGAACUCAUGAAGAGCUGUUCAAAUCAAUGACAAACUAUAUAAGAGAACUUUUUGCUAGUACUGGUGAUGCGAUGCUCUGUUCUUUGAGAUACGAAUUGAUUAUGGCUGCACACGACGCUGGUAUUGAGAGCUUGGUCAAAUCAGACCCAUGCCACGAUUUUGCUUGGUGCUUAGAAGCAUGUAUGAGAGAUAAACACCUUGAAAGCCAUCAAACGGCAAGGUUGAGACACAUGCUGGAUGCGUUCUUAAAGUCUCCCAUCGAGAGUAUUGUUGAUUUGGCCAUGAUAGCUGGCGAUGUCCAUGUAACUCACUUCUUCUGUUCAUUGGCUGUAAAGAAGUUGCGUGACUCGGGUGGCGCUCAUUUACCUCGCGACAUGCCGUCUGUUGUUGUAAUGAUGAGGGUGUUAUCGUUUGGAUGCGCUGCAAAAGGCGGCGCUCAUUUACCUCGCGACAUGCCAUCUGUUGUUGUAAUGAUGAGAGUAUUGUCGUUUGGCUGCGCAGCAAAAGACUUGGUCACCAAAAAGAUACAACCUAAUGAGAUCUUCGAUUUGGUGUUUGUGAAUAGAUUCCUGCCUGAGUUCCAAGCGCUCAUGGUUGAGGACUGCACCAGAGCAGAAAUGUUGCGUAAUAAAAAAGACAUGUACUAUGUCUUUUAG